AUGCAGCGCCCCGACAUCCAGCUCUUGCGCGCCAAGGUUGCGCUCAUGAGCCCGUUCGAUUGCCCGCCUUCUGCUCUAAGGUCCGCUCGCAAGAAAUACCCUGACGCGCUCAAAGUCUCGUGGAUUGCUCUGCCCGCGACUGCGCCGGAUGUUGGUCUGAACUACAGCAAAUCGUCUGGCGAGAAGCCUUACAUUGUCGAACCUGGAUGCCUUGACGCGGUUACCAACCACCAGGAUACCUCUUCGGAUGCUGUUUCACUCGCCGACUCUGAUGUCGCAGUCUUCGGUGGUCUUGCUCUCACUGAGCGUGGUCAUGACAACGCCUUCAACAAUGACGCUGCGCAGCGCAAUGCUACGGCAUUCGCUUCAAACAAUGCUAUCAUUGCUGACUUCGGAGGCGCGACGGGCAUUGGCCCUCAGCGCCGUAACAAUGUGGCUCAUCGCGACGCCGGACCACGCAAUGUCACCAAAGCCAACGAUGUCUAUAUCGACGAGCAGCAAGUCGUCCUCCAGGAUUCGGAGGUCUCUUCCAAUGUCGGCAACCUCAUCAAGGAAUUCACUGUCCCGAAGCAUUUACCUUUGAACUCGAUUCAGCCGUCUAGCGGUAGUCCUUAUCUCUCGGACCACGUGGACGGCCGUUCUGAAUGCGCUGAGCCUGCUGAGAACAACAACAAGCACACCUCCAAGGACAUCGUUGUUGCAAGCGAUGAAAGUGUUACGAAGACUUUGGUCCCAAAGAUCUCUGUGGAUAACUACGGCAGUCGUGCUGACGAGGUCGCUGAUAAGCGUACCCACCACAAUGCCGUCGAGAAGGGCUGCAAGAGCGGCAUGCGUAGUGCUAAGCGCGGUAAGGUUUCGCAUGAGCCUGAUGUCAUUGUCAUCAGUGACAACGACGACGACUUUGACGUGGCGAUGACAGGUACGAACGGCGAGAUAGACAAUGGGCUGCUGCAGUUCGAGCCUCGCUAUGUCGUAGUCGAUGCUGUAGGUUGGAAGUUCCGUGAGUGGCCAUCAAUGCAGAAGGCAGUCAGGGCCUGCUACCAGGUGAUGCCGCCGAUCGAUGCCGGCAAUGGAGUCAAGCUGUUCAUCAAUGAUAAGGCUCACGCUUUGACGCUCGAUGCUCUAAGGUCAAAGUCCCGUGAAUUGAUUGAUAUGAGGGGCGAACGCAAUAAACUACUGAUGCGUACGGAGCGCAGGCUUACGAAAUUGUGGCUCACCAAAGAGCGCGGCUGCGUCAUCGACUCCUCCGACAAGAUGUGGGACUUCUCGCCACUGUGGUACCUGUUCAAGGUCAAGAUUGCCGAGAUCAAAGAGCAAGAGGAAGAGAAGCGUCGUCAUGCUAACGGCGGCGAUGGAUGCGGCGGACUUGGCGGUGGAAGCGGCGGUGCCUAUGGCGGUGUGACUGGAUACGGCGGUGGAGGCGAUGGCGCUUUCCCCGAUGUUGACGAUGUUCCGGCCGGCGGUGUCGUCGAUGAGGGUGACACGGAGCACUCUGACAAGCACUGCUCGGAGGAGGACAUGGCCUGGCUGCGUUUCGAGGACGAGGAGUGA